CGGAAAUAAAAAUCUAGGACAAACGUCACAUCCUGCAGAUGACCCCUUUGUGAGACAAACAGAGAUGACACACAAAGAGACAUAGUUUCUGUUUAUGUUUUGUUAACUAAAUAAAUUUUAGGUAUACCAAACAGAAUAAAGCUUAAAUCCACAGGAAAUUAAAGAAGAGAGAAACAACAAAGAAAACAUGUCAGAUGAUAUGAAAAGUCAAGAUUCCGAGCAUGACUCGGAUUACGAUCAUGACUCAGAUCAUAUGGAUGAUGAUGAUGAUUAUUGUGGUUACUAUGACAACGAUACAGAUGACCUUGACAUUGACAAACCAAAGAAAAGUGAUGAUCCAGAAUACUUUGAGUAUGAACUGUUACAGUUAGAGGACUGUGAAAGAUUUCUUAAUGAAGAAGUGGAAGUUUUGUGUAGUUCACAAAAGAUCAAGCCCUCCCUGGCUAAAAUGUUACUACAUGCUCACAAUUGGAGGAAAGAAUUUGUCAUUGAAUGCCAUUCCAAAAAUCCAACAAAACUGUUGGUUGAUUCCAAUAUUAUUCCAAAAGUUAAACACCAGCAACCAAUUGUUGGGUCGUCAGCAGUAUGUACGGUGUGCUUGAAUCAGAUAUCUCGAGAAGAGUUGCAUGAUCUCUCAUGUGGACACAUGUUUUGUGGGGAAUGCUGGGAUGCAUAUUGUCAGGUCCAGAUACAACAGGGGGUUACCCUUGGUAUAUCAUGUAUGGCUAAAGACUGCGAAGUUAUGGUUCCAGAGGACUUUCUCUACAGUGUACUGAGUAAACCUGAUCUCAGAGAUCGCUAUUCACAGUUUUCCUUCCUAGAAUAUGUGAAGAGUCACCCAGCCCUCCGAUUUUGUCCCGGUCCAAAUUGUCCAAUCAUCGUAAAGGCGAAGGAAUGUAAAGCCAAAAAGAUCUUUUGUGAGACAUGCAAGUCCUGCUUCUGUUUCAAAUGUGGUAUAGAAUACCAUGCUCCAACUGACUGUAGUGUGAUUAAGAAAUGGUUGACAAAAUGUGCUGAUGACUCGGAAACAGCCAACUAUAUCAGCGCAAAUACCAAAGAUUGUCCCAAGUGCCAUGUCUGUAUAGAGAAAAAUGGGGGUUGCAACCACAUGCAAUGUUCCAAAUGUAAAUACGAUUUUUGUUGGAUGUGUCUCGGAGACUGGAAAGCACAUGGAAGUGAAUACUAUGAAUGCAGUAGAUAUAAGGAAAAUCCCAACAUUGCCAAUGAAUCUGUCCAUGCUCAAGCUAGAGAAGCAUUGAAGAAAUAUCUGUUUUACUUUGAGAGGUGGGAGAAUCAUGCAAAAAGUUUAAAGUUGGAAGAACAGACAUUAGAGAAGAUCACAUCUCGUAUACAAGAGAAGGUCAUGAACAGUAUGGGAACAUGGAUAGAUUGGCAGUAUCUUCUGGAUGCUGCAUACCUUCUCAAGAAAUGCCGAUACACCCUUCAGUAUACUUAUCCCUACGCAUAUUAUAUGGAAAAAUGUGCAAGAAAACAGCUGUUUGAGUACCAACAAGCCCAGCUGGAAGCAGAGGUGGAAAAUCUGUCAUGGAAAGUUGAGAGAGCAGAAAUUACUGAUAGAGGGGACCUUGAAAAUCAAAUGGAUAUUGCAGAGAAGAGAAGGUUGACCUUGUUGAAAGAUUUCCUCGAUUAUUGAUCAUGCUAAAACUUUCUUCCAACUCAUGUUGACUCAAACAAACCUUCUCAGCAUUGAAAUGCCCAUAUGUGUAUUGAUAAUACAUAUAUGUGUGUAAUGACAAAUACAUAUGUGUGAUAAUAAAUUAUCACAGUCAUUUUUGAAUGUGUGUUAUCAAAAUCGAUCAUGUUGAGAGAAUGACUUAUAAUAAAGCACCAGCUCUUUCUGUUUGUACAAGGAAAAAUUAUGCCCUUGACCUUGUUUCAUCUAAGAUUUUUUUUUUCAGUUUCAGCCAACAGAAAGCAUUGUAUUUUGUAAGCACUGUCUUCUCUCUGAGAGUUUUAAGCUGCAAACUUUGUCACAUGUCCCAUUGUCUAUAUUUUCUCAAUUUUGGUAUGACAGGGAUUGUAUGUUGUAUGAAUGAUGUUCAAGUAUUCCUAAAGAACAGUGUGAAAAGUUUAUGGAAAUGUAAUAUAUUGCUCAAAAGUGAUAGUUACUUUAUUAAUUGAUUCUAAAAAAGUUUAAAAUGUCAACAUCAGGUCUUCAUAGACUAGAACUGACUCUAGGGUGCCGAUGGUAUUUUUGUUAUUGAUAUUUUAAUGAAUAUUCCUAAUGUAGUGGAUAAAAAUCAAACAUGCAGUCAGGUUAUGAAUAUUCCUGAAAUAAAUGAGCCUGAAUAUUGACAACCAUUGUGUCUAAAAUAUGAAGAUGGUGAGUAGUAAUUUUUCAAUAGAAAUUUUACAAGCCGGCUUAUUAAAAAAUGUCGGGAGCCUCCAUGGCUCAGUGUUUCAGGCCACUUACUUUCAAGCACUUGCCUCUCACCUCUGUGGGUUCGAGCCCUACAGCAAACCCUCUAAAUGGCUUGUAUUAGUUGAUUUUACAUAGGUACCUGCCUGUGCCUGAAGUUUAAGGUCACUCUCAUUUCAUAUAUAAAAAUUAGGAUGUGGAAGGAAAACGACCUUUAAAAAAGUUUUAAAUAUGGUUAAAAUGCAAAUAUGACACUGUGUUACUAUCAAAGCAAGCAGUGUAGGUUUUAAAGUGACAUUGAGUCAUUCAUACAGAAUGUAGAUGUACUGUAAGGCUUGUAUAUAUACCUGAAGUGAGGCAUUUAGUAUUUGCACUGUUAGUCAUAUUGUUAGUUUAUUUAUAUAUAUCCAAAAUUGUGUUUUUAUUUAAAACGAAUUAUGGAAUUCAAAUAAAACUUUACACACAUGUCAGACAUGAUGAGUAGGUGUGUUCAGGCCAAAGUAAGCUCUGUGCUGUGUAGGUCAAAGAUACAGGCAAGGCAUCUAACCCUUCAACUCAAACUCAGCAUCGUAGGUGUGAUACCCCACUAGGAGUGGAUUAUUAGUUACCAUCCAUGGUUUCUCCUUGGAGGAUGAAUUUAUUUUAUAUCAUGCUUUUUAUGGUUGAGAGCUUUGAAAAAUUGCAGUCCAUCUGUGAAUGAUUAGUCGUAAUGAAAGAGUGAUUAAUUUUAAAGAAAUUUACUAUAUAUAUGCGAGUGUGUAUUUAAAAUAUACUGUGUUAUUAUACUGUCUUUGACAUGUUAAACUUUCAUUUCUUUCCUUUAUAUAUUCAAAAAUGAAUGUUGUGAUAUUUGUAGUGUAUUUAAGGACCAGUGAGCUUACAUUGUGAUGUUUUUUGUUUUUUUUGUAAUACAGUCACACCUGUGUAUAAGGGACACCUUUGGGAGAGUGAAAAUGCUCUUUAUUUGAGGAUGGUUUUUAUUAAGAGGUUAACAUACACAGCAGAAAUUGAUGUUAAAUCUAGCACUUUUUAGAGUCUGGUUUUUAUCUGUUUUCAUUAUAUGUAUAAACACAGGUUUGAUUGUUUAAUUUUGUUUUUGCACAGUCUAUCUGUUGAGAAAUAUUUUUCUAAGAGUUUGGGGAAAUGUUAGCAGUCUGUCACAAUGCAGAGUUUACUUCAGUUUUUUAUUAAAAAACCAUGCAUCCAGAUGUUAGCCACUAUGUCAAAAAAGUGUUAAUACAUUUUAACAGGCCAAGUUACCUUCAAAAUUAUUAAUUGGUGUUAUUUAAGUUGUUAUUUUUGAAUAUUUAUAAAUAACUUCUCUGCAUAUUUUAUGAACAAUGCAUUGCCAGAUGUUUUUUUUAUGAAUAAGCCUAGAUCUGAAAGAUCCACCUUUUUUAUUUUACAAUAAUUAAAAAAAAAACUGUUCUUCAAAAUUUUGAGGCAAGCCCCUGUAAAUUAGUUGACUUAGUUAAUCUUGAAUAGGAAUCAAAAAAAUCAAUAGCUUGCUUAGUUUUUGUAGAAAAUUUGAUAUGCUUAUGUACUAUAUCUCCUGUCAUGUGCAAUAAGUUUUAGUGCUUGUAGAGGUAGAGAAAGUAGGUAUUUAAAGAAAUAUUUUUCUCUGGUGUAAGUUUUAAUUUAGCAUUUUUCCCUGACAAAUUUCAACAGAACUUCCAGGUUAAAGAUUCAUUUGAAUGAAUGUUAUUAACUUGUUUGUAGUCUAAAAAUAGGCCAGAUGUUUAAAAAAAAUGGGACUAUGACCUUUUGAAAUUAAGGCAAAGUGGGAAAUACGUCCUAAAAUAUGGAUUUUUUUCAAGAAUGAGGAUCAGAUGCUCUUCAGGGUACAUUUUCCAUGGUGGAGAUCCCUUGUUUUGAUAAAGCGGAGUUUUUAAGGUUAUUUCGACUGAUCCAGAAAAAGAACUUCUCUGGUAUGUUGUUCCAUUGCAAACUUAAUCAUAUUAAAUCAUGAUAUUAAAAAGUUUGGUUUGUUCUGAAAAUUAUGUAGGUCUGAAUGAAUGCUUUGUUGCA